GGCCCGGCUGGCCCAGGCGGCGCGGGGAGCGAGGCCGUUGCGCAGGCUGCCCGCCGUGCAGGCCAUGAGCCGCGGGUCCGCCGGGAUGACAGUGAAGUUGGGAGACAGCGCCGGCGGGGAGGAAGGGCUCAAGAGGCUGGGCAAGAGGUCGGCCGAUGAGGACUCGCUGGAGGGAGAGGGGCCCGGCGGCGCGGACGCGGCCGAGGACGGCGGCGGCACAAAGAGGGACGGCAAGACCCCCCGCGACGGCGGCGACGGCCCCCAGGCCCCGGCGGGCGGCCCGCAGGCCCCGUCCCCCCCGCCCGCCGGCCCCCAGGACCAGCACCACUUCCUCAGGUCCAGCGUGAGGCCGCAGAGCAAGAGGCUCAGGAAGGACUCGUCCUGCGCCGGGGGGAGCAGCGGCGCCGGCGGCUCAGCGCCCCGCGGCAAAGGAGCUGACGGCGGUGCAUCCUCAGCUGGGAACGGGUCUGGGGGGCCGCCUGCCUCCGCUGGGGGCUCCCGCACCUCCUCCCGGAGCCUCGGGUCUUCGGGCGGCGAGAAGGAGGAAGGCAAGAAGGUGCGGCGGCAGUGGGAGUCGUGGAGCACCGAGGACAAGAACACCUUCUUUGAGGGGCUGUACGAGGUUUUGCUUGUUCAGGUCUCCAUAGUGACGCUGAACGCACUUUGCCAGCCCUGGCAGCACGGGAAGGACUUCGAGGCAAUUCAGAACAACAUCGCGCUCAAGUACCGGAAGAAGGGCAAGCCAGCCGGCAUGGUCAAGAACAAGGAGCAGGUGCGGCACUUCUACUACCGCACGUGGCACAAGAUCACCAAGUACAUCGACUUCGACAACGUGUUCUCCCGCGGCCUGAAGAAGUCUUCGCAGGAGCUGUACGGCCUCAUCUGCUACGGGGAGCUGCGCAAGAAGAUCGGGGGCUGCAUGGACGACAAGAACGCCACGAAGCUGAACGAGCUCAUCCAGGCGGGGGCCACCACAGUCCGCUACAAAGGGAGGAACCUGCGGAUCAAAGCGCCCAUGUGCCGAGCCCUGAAGAAGCUGUGUGACCCUGAAGGCUUGAGUGAUGAGGAGGACCAGAAGCCGGUGCGCCUGCCCCUGAAAGUCCCUGUGGAGCUGCAGCCGCGCAGCAACCGCGCCUGGGCCCGGGUGCAGAGCCUCGCCCAGAACCCGCGACUCAGAGCCAGUGGCUCUGCAAGGACAGGAUGGCUCUGGUUUCGAGACCGUGGACCUCCUUUGCUGCCGCGGCCGCUUCAGAAGCCCUCUCCCCGCGUCCCAGCCUCCGGCCCCGUGUCCUUUCUGUGUAGGAUGAUCGUGGAGCUCCAUCGCAAGGUCUCCAGCCUCAUCGAGUUCUUAAAGCAGAAGUGGGCGCUUCACGAAGUGCGAAUUCGGAAGGAGCGGCAGCUGCAGGACUCCUUCCCGGAGCCGUCGCAGGAGAAGGUGGCGCUGCACCUGUUCCCGGGAGAGAACUGCACCCUGACGCCCCUGCCGGGGGUGGCCCGCGUGGUGCACUCUAAGGCCUUCUGCACAGUGCACUGGCAGGAGGGCGGCCGGUGCAAGCAGAGCGCCAAGGACACCCACACGCUGCCCCCAGCUCAGAUCCUGGGCAUCCAGAGCGGGCAGGGCACAGCCAGGGGCCAGCUCAAGUGCCCGCGGGGCGGUGCUGAGGGCAAGGGCGGGGGGCGACCCCCAGCCUCCACUGACGCCUCGCAAAGCUCUGGGGAGAGUUCCCCGGAGAGUGCCCCUGGGGAGGGAGCCGCCCCAGGUUUCAGCAGCCUGGAUGCUCCCGACAGGCUGCCCCCUGGGCUCCAGGACGCCAGCGGACGGCUUGAGAAGACCCCUGUCACCACGGCCGCAGAGGGCGGGGAUGGCCCUGCCCGAGAGCCAGGGACCCUGGCCUGUGCCUGCGACCAGCUCCCGGAGCUGGAGGACGAGCUCUCCCUGCUCGACCCCUUCCCCCGCUACAUGAAGUCCUGCCAGGACCUCAUCAUCCCUGAGCGGGGCCGCUGCGCAGACCCGCGGCCCUCUGGGCACACCUCCCCGGAGACGCGCACGCCCAGCAGCGCAGAGGUGGCCGACCUUGCCCGGGCCGGGGCACUGUCCCCCAUCCGCGUCCCGCCUGGCCCGGAGCCCCAGCCGGACGUUUGCACUAAGGACUUGGCGGAUGCGCCUGCGGAGGAGCCCCCGCCGCCUCAGGGUCAGCCGGCUGCCAAACCGCUGAAGGACGGCCCCACCGGCCGGCUCGCCCAGCAGCUCCACGAGGAGGGCUGGAACCUGCAGACCUCCGAGGGCCUCACACUGGCCGAAGUCUACCUCAUGAUGGGCAAGCCCAGCAAGCUGCAGCUGGAGUACGACUGGCUGGCGGUGCUGGGCCCCGAGGGCCAAGCCUCGGGUGGGCAGGCCCAGGGCCUCCGCUCCGGCUCCCCGCCUGCCGCCUUCCACAAGCAGCGCCUCCUCAGCUGCCUCCUGAAGCUCAUUUCCACCGAGGUCAACCCCAGGCUGGCUCCGGAAGCAAACGCCAGCUCAGCCGUCUCGGCGAGGCCCGCCCAGGAGGAGCAGUCGGCGACGCCCCCAGGAAAGGUGGCGACUGUCAGCUCCCGGAGCCCACGCUGCCCUCGAAACCAGGCUGCCCUGCGCCACAGCAAGGCCUUCUCACCCAGCCCUGCACCUUGCUCCUCAGGUUUGAGAAACCCUCCCAGACCCCUCUUGGUGGCUGGUCCCUCCAGUGCCGGAAGCAGUGACUCAGACGGUGGCGUUUUUGCUGUCCCCACAACGUUGCCACCCAAUAGCCGACACGGGAAGCUCUUCUCUCCCAGCAAAGAGCCAGAGUUGACUUUACGCCAGCAUCUGAACUCCAUCAGCAUGCAGUCGGACUUCUUCUUGCCAAAGCCCAGGAAGUUGCGGAACCGGCAUCUGCGGAAGCCAUUGGUAGUCCAGAGAACGCUGCUUCCUCGGCCCUCCGAAAACCAGUCCCACAACGUCUGUUCCUUCUCCAUUCUGUCGAACUCUUCCGUAACCGGCAGAGGCUCGUUCCGGCCCAUCCAGUCCUCCCUGACCAAAGCAGCUCUGUCUCGGCCCAUCGUGCCCAAGGCCCUCCCGCCCCAGGCCGCAGGCCACCUGGCCAGUGCCAUUGACUUAGCGGCCCAGAGCGCCGGCAUCAUUCCCGGGAGCCCCCUCCCUGUCCUGGACGCCGAGGGCCUGUCCGGCAUCUCCCCACUGUCCCCCGAUGAGGUGACCGCCGCUGUCGCCGGGCAGGAGUCCACCGGCCCCCAGCAGAACGGAGACCCACUCCCCGCUGUAAGGGGCACAGGCGACCCGUUCAUCAGCGUCCCCUCGAGGCAGGAGCCAGUGGCGGACAGUUUCCAGAACCCGCCCGUCCUCUCCUUGCCUGAGCUGUCCAAGGCUCCUCUUCACAACGGGCUCUCCGCUCCGCUGCCCCCGGCAGAGGCCCCCAGCACCCGGCUCUCCCCGCCCAACGUCUCCGCCCUGCUGGACAUCUCCCUGCCCGGCCCGCCCGAGGACGUGCUCUCGCAGGGGGAGCCGGCCACGCAGAUCAGCGACUCCAUCAUCGAGAUCGCCAUCAGCUCCGGCCAGUACGGUGAAGGAGGCCCUCUCUCUCCAGCAAAGCUGAAUGGCAGUGACAGCUCCAAGAGUCUGCCCUCCCCGUCUGGCAGCCCCCAGCCGGACUGGAUCGCCUCCCCCACCCACGACCCCCAGUGGUGCCCCAGCGAUCCCACAGACUCGUCACUAAGCAGCCUGUUUGCCAGCUUCAUCUCCCCAGAGAAGAGCAGGAAGGUGCUGCCAGCCCCUGCGGGGACCCCGAGCAGUACCUCCCUGCUGGGCCCCAGCCUGCUGGAUGGGAACUCGAGGGACUCCUUUGUAUCCCGGUCCCUGGCCGAUGUGGCCGAGGUGGUGGAUUCCCAGCUGGUCUGCAUGAUGAAUGAGAACAGCAUUGAUUACAUAUCCCGGUUCAACGAUCUGGCCCAAGAGCUGUCCAUCGCCGAGCCCGGCCGGCGAGAGGCCCUCUUCGAUGGCGGUGGAGGCGGCCCCCCCGUUGGUGACCUGUCCCAGUGACUGCGCCUCGAGGCGGGGGCCUCCGGAGGCGGCAGAGGAGGGCUUGCGGGGCUGGGAGGUGCAGCCCUCUUCGGGCGAGGGGAAGCACAAAGCCAGCCGGGACUCCCAGGAGACUGUCCAAACAGAGGCACCUCCUCAGCCCAGAGGCCGUCGCAUGCAGGCCUGUGUCCCCGCAGGCCGAGGGCCGUGGUGGCCAGGAAGGGAAGAGCUCUCCGUGCGGCCAGCAGCAGCCGUGGCCACGGCGUCGAAGCAGCUCCCUGCGGGCCUGCGCCUCACUUGCUGGGUCGGACAUCCCGGGGGGUUUCUUUCCGAGAGAAAGGGGCGCGUGUGCCUGGCUCUGGUCGCCCCAACCUUGGGGGCUAGAACCACCCGCUGUCCGCAGGGAGGCUCCAGGCCACUGCAGCUUUCUUCCCGCCAAGCCUGCGCUUCGCCUUGGCCGACCUCUCUGCAGGGUGGCGACGGGCAGGACGGCUGGGCUCUGCCUGGUGGUGUCUGCACCCGGAGACAGCAGACGCGUCAGAGGACACUCCGACCCCAGUGUGGCAGCAGGGUCCUGGGGCAGCGUAGCUGGUGCCAUCUCCCCAGAAAUGCUGGCCCCUUGCCUUGUCUCGUGCUUCCCGCAUUGGGAGCCUCCAUUCCGGCCGCCUUAACGGGAAGGGGGAAGACUCACAUCUCAUGCAGCUUCCAUGGACUUGGGAGAAAACCCUGCUGUGCUGGUCAGAAAGUGUUUUUCUUGUGCGUUAAGAACUGGCAGGCGUUGAAGGGCGGAGCAGAGUCCCGGUGCAGUGGUUUCUCCCCGCGUCCGGGCGCGCAGGCUUGGCGCAGGUUCCCCCCUCUUUGAGGAGAAACGUCAGCAGUCACGGCUGCCGAUGGGUGACAGCAGGGCCUUGAAAUGCUGCCCUGUCACUGCCUGGCGUCUCAGACAGAAGCCUCGGCAGGGAAGGCUCUCUCUGGCUUUCGCUGGCAUCUGCGCAGGGUGGGCCCCAGGGUGUGGCUGACCCCUCGCACCCGCCCCGUGGUCUCCUGUUUCCCUUCUUCCUGCUCAGGGCGCCCAGGCAGGGUCAGACCUCCGGCGGCACUCAGAGCCAGUGCACUGAGACCACGUCCCUCCGGUGGGCUCCUUGGGGACCAGCGUCCAGUCUGGCCCCGGAGUGGAGCUAACAGGGCCCCUGCCUUCUUGGCCUUGGCGUCCAGCCAUGUCCCCUGUGGCUGGGCGCCAGUGCUGAGGCUGGGCCCGUGCCACCACCGCUGCCUCAUCCUCUGCCUGCUGGCCAGAGUCAGUGUGGCUCCUUGAAUCCCCCUGAGCCGACCCCUGUGUGUGUGCCUCACCUCUCCCCUCCCCAGCUCGCCGUGCGGUGGCAGCCCGCAGGGCCAGCCGCCUCUCCCCUGGCCUCUCCCCGACCACCUUGCAGAGGUGAGCCAGCAUGGUAGCCGGGGGAAGGGCGCCGCCGCUCCAGGCUGCAGGCGGCCCUUCAUGCCAAGCACGAGGCACAGGGCAGUACUUCCUCCCAGAAGGUACAGAGACACCAGCCUCAGAGUGCCACAGGGCUGAGGGAAAGGAGCUGUUAGCGCUGUGUUACGAGAGAGGGACAGCAGUCUCUGAGGCCAGGGUAUCUUGAAACCAGCUCAUGUCUUGUGAUCAGUGCAGCAGCUUCCUGAAGUUAGCACCUUCUUGAGCCAGACAAGAUCCGUUAGGUCUGUCUCUGGGCAUCUGACUUGGUUCAGUCCACAGUAGGUCUGGCUGAGCCGAGGCCCCUGCGUGCUUUCUCGUCCUUCCGCUGUCUGGGACCAGAGAUGCCAGGUAACACUGCCGCAUCCGUGCCGGGGCAGUGCCCAGUGGCAGCCUGCACCGCGCCAGGCACAAUAGAGGCCUGAGCUGCUUUUCCAUCAGGGACAGCCCGAGGCAGUCUGGUGGGAGGGUCGGCACCUCUCCCCUGGUGGCGUCUAGCAGGAGGAAAAGUCUGGAGGCUUGGAUCAGCCUUUGUUAGCCUUGAUCCAGCAGUGCCCCUGGCUUGGGCCUCUGACACAGACUCCCUCUGGGAGCAGCUGACUAGCCAGCAUCAUCCGUGAGAGGACAUGGCUGUGCAGGAGAGGGGCCUGUUCCCCCGUGUGUAGAGCUGCCUGGGUUACAGAGAACUCGCUGCUCCAGCAGCCAGGCAGGAAUAGGCAUUCGCUUGCCAUGUGAAGGGAAACGAUGUCAGCUGUAGCAUUAAAAUGAUGGAUCCAUCUUCUCCCAGCCCGAAUGACUAUCAGUGUGAUGAAAACGAGCGCCUGGUAAAGGCUGGAAUUCCUCACAGGGCCCGAGCAGCGAAGCCUCCCCUUUCCUGCGCCUUCCCAGGGACAGUCAGGAGCGUCUCCUGUGCGGCCGUGGCUUCCCUUGCACGUGAGCCUGUGGUUAAGACCGGGUCCGUGGCUCAGAGAAGUCUUCCCCGUGUCACUCCAGUGUUGAGAAUCGGUCUGCUGAUUGUCUUUUCUGAAGACUGAAACUCUCCAUCUCCCACCUCCAGGGAGCUGGUUUUUUGGCCUUGGUUCUUCAUGGCGACAUCAUGUCCCGUGAUGCGCCUUCCGUUGCUCACAAGGGAGAUGCAGGUUGAAUCCCUGAUUCCACGUAAGGCUCGCGAUGGCAUUUUUCUCAUCUCUCUGUAUCUUCCCCGGGGGAGAGGACUUGCUCAGGGAGAGGGGAUGAUUGGAAACAUGUCACUGGUUGCUCCACUGCUCUCGCACACCUCCAGGCUUGUAGCAGCAGCCCUGUUCUCUGUCACUCUGUCUCACAGCCUCGUCACUGGUGUGUCCUUUCAGUUGAAUGGCCUCUUUAACUGGAUCACACCAUUGAAUCACAUGUGUGCAAAGAAAAGCCAUGGAGUAAGAGACGCUUGAAACACGUGGAGGAGGAAAACAGGUGGCUUUUUCUUCUUUCUUGACAUUGAGUUCUACCAUGCAUUUAGGGGAAAUACGGCACUUUGUCUUAAGAAAAAAGAAGGAAUGAAACCUACAGCAAACCUUUCCUGACUGUCAGCUCUCCUAAUCCCACAGCAGCCUUUAAGUCAUGUGAGGUGAGUUAGGUCUUGGAAGCACUACAGCAACCUGUGCCCCUUAUUCUGUAACAGGAUACCCGGCUCCAGAGCUAUGCCUCUGGGCAGCAGAACUUACUGCGGUUUCUUUUAAUAAUCGUUAAGCCAUAUCACCUAAGGUUUUCGGCUUGAGAUGUGAAUUUGUUUUAUAGAUUAUAAAUAUACAUAUACAGUGUAUGUAUAAAGCAGAAUGCCUGUCCCUCCUGAUUAUUUUUUGUACCAUAUUGUAAAUUAUAUUAUUUAUUCUUUACCAAUUUUGGGAAUAAAAGGUGUUUGGUUAUUUAAUAUAAUAAACAAAAGCUGUUAAACUUCUUAUGUUUAAAUUUCCAGUUCAACUUGUAAAUCUGUUUUUAUUAUUGUGCAUAAAUACAUACUAAUACUUGAUCUAA